GGUGCUGACACUGUUUCAGAGAUGGAGCCAGAAAUGGGAGUGCCACCAGGCGGAUCCCCUUCAGGUGAUGUGGCCCCCGUUUUCCGCGGACAAGAGCCGAAGGAGCCUCGGGGCUGUUUUGGACGCUGCCUUCGCCGUGCGAAGGGGAGACCAGUGAAGCUGCCAGAGACGCCUUUGAUUUUGGCGGGCGCAUUUGGCGGACCGUUUGGCAUUUUCUUGUUCACGCCACUGAGAAAUGCCCUCACCUUGGCAAGCCAAAAUCCUGACGGAAGCGCCCUUGACUUGUAUGCGGGAGUUUUUGCAGGAGGCUUUGCUGCUGGGUGGACUGGAGGUUUUGCCUGCGUUCCUCCGAGCUGUCCGCAGUUCAUUGUCAUGGGUCCGCUGUUCCACUUCUUGAAGGACCUUUUGCAGUCGGCGCCACUGGCCGUGAUCUGCAGCUCGCUGGCCGAGACGACGAUUUCCUUUGCUUCCCAAACAAUCAAUGCCCAGAUGGCCUUCAAUGCUGACCAGGAGUUACUGGGCUUGGAUGGCAAGGUUGAGCUUUGGAAUCCCUUUCUGCCGUUUGGUCCGGGGUCCUCAGUUCAUGUUUUACGAAGAAACAUAGUGGCCCUGAGCGGCUUGCGGCUGUUUUCUACACCAUGCCAGGCUGGCUUGGGCAAGGUUGCCCAGGCAGCCGGGCUUCAUUUGCCUGAAGGCGCGCAAAAGUUCCUCGGCGACUUUUUGGCAUCUAUGGGCGCGGCUAUUCUGAGUGCUCCCUUGAACCAGCUCUUCAAUUUUGCGGUGACGUCAAAUGAAUUCGCGGGUGCCAGCUUCGUUCAGAAGCUUGCCCUAUGCAAAAUCUUCCUUGCGAAAUCAUACUUGAUCUAUGCAGAUGGCCGCCUGGUUGGCAUUUCGCCAACACUGAUCCGCGACCUCUUCAUGCGGUGUGCAUACAUAGCGAACCUCUACGCCUUGUUUGGCCUCUUCGAACGUCUGGCCGUUGCACUCUGGCGGCGGCGCAAGGUGGGGCAAAGGUGAUCUGGGAAAGCAAAGCGGGCGCAAAUGAUUGGCUGCGCAGCUGAA